AGCAACACAUCUCUCUGUGACGUGAAGUGGUUGGCGCAGGCAUAAACUCAGAUUCUCGUUGAGUCGUUGGCACCAUGGAACUGGAGCUGUCCAAGUGUUUAUAAUGGGAUGUAAUUACCAUGAAGCGCAAAAAUGUAAACCAAAGAGGGAAUUCUGAAAAUGCUAAGUAAUUGCGACCAGUAUUGGCUAUUCUCCGGGAUAAUUGUCUUGUGAAAUAGGCUGAUAAACUGAAGCUUGAGUGAAACUAAUAAACACCUGUGAGAGGAGCAGCUUCUACCAGCAACAUUAUUCAGCCCCGUAGCCCACCUGUCCCUGAAGUAUCAAUCAUGAUGUAGACAAACUGUAGACUGAGCAGUCUAUUUCUUCAAAAACGUUUAUCACAGGUUUUUGAGUCUUCUUCCAGAACAAGGUAACCUGUCCUUCGCCCAGGCGCCUGCAGCCGCGAAUGAUUCGACUAUAUGGAUAAAGUAUAUCUCAGCUCCGCCCGAAAUGAAUCAGUUACAGCUCAGAGAGACUAGCCGAUAGCAGCAUACACACGCAAUCGUUGCAGCAAUGGUGGGCCAGUGUGACCUACCUCAUAAAGCCCCCUGCUACAUCCGGACAUAGAUCGUUAUCUCUCACUGCAAGUUCAACUGUGAAACUGCACGCCCUGUGAACUUGCCUCAAGGUAAAAGGGAGAGCAGGCGCAUCGAAGGAGAGACGGGGACAUCGGACAGAGGGAGAGUUGCAGAAGAAGAGGAGGAAGUGAGGAACAAAACUACAGACUGACAAAAAGAUGCAAAGAAGCCCAGAGCAUGAGCAUGAGGUGGAGAGUUGGAAAAGAGAAGACUGCAUUGUAUUAAAUUAAAUGAGGGCCCCACCCUGGCUGCAACAUUAUUGACUAAAAUUAGCGGGUGAAGCUAAACGGCUGUAACCUAGUGUCAUGCCCUACAUUACCAUGGAGAAUGAAACCUGCCUUCCAUAAUGGGAUCUUUCAUACUGCACCAUCUGGAUGUCACUGGAAACAUGAGGUACAUUCACAAAUGUUAGCCUAGCUGGUCUAGGACCAGUCCACAAUUGAUUUGUACCAAAAAGCUGUGAUCGCAUCUCAGACCGACUUCCUCAACAUCCUGACUUGGUGUCUGCAUCAUUCAUCUGGGUGUUUUGAAGUAAAACAAUUGGUCUGAAGAAGCUCUGAGAAUGAUGACCAUGUCAGUGCUGGCCACCACCGGACCAGAAAGCAGCGGCUCCAUGACGCAGCUCGUCCCCAUCCCCACGCUGAACAUCCUCCCCCCGUCCUCAGACACCGAUGCCUGGUCUCGCUCUCCCAGCCCCCGGCCUCCCCGCCGCCACCGGUGCUCCCGCCCUCACCGGAGCAGAGCCUGGACCAAGAAGAGGAGCGAUGGAGAACAAGAGGAGUCACUCAAACCCCGGUGGGACGGCACUGAGGAGGAGGAGGGGAGGUUGAAGGGGAGCGCUGCUCAAAGAAGCCACUCACUUCUCCCUUCACCCCUCUUGCCACCCCACGUGGAGGACGCGGUCCUGGGCCCUUCCUCGGACCUCUUGCUACCCCCGUCGUCUCGCACCUCCUGGUCACGUAGCUCGUCUCCCGGCCGGCGUUCACGCUGGUCCCUCAGGAGUCUGCUCAGCAGGGAGUCUGACGGGGACAGCUGCAGUACUGCCAGUAACUCUCCGCGCAGCACCCCUGGCAGCUCCCCCUCUCUGCGCCGCCGGGUGCUGGGGGUUAGUGGUGGUGGUGGAAGCAGGACCAGCGACGCGGAGGGUGGCCCGGGGGAGCGCAGCGGGGAAAGGAGGGGUUCGGACAGCCCCCUGCUCUCUGCCUCCGCUUACCCAAUCGCCUCGCGCCAUUUCAGCCGCAAUGCCAAGAAAAUGCAGAGCUGGUACAAUGUUCUCAGUCCCACUUAUAAACAGCGCAAUGAGGAUUUCCGUAAACUCUUCAAGAAGCUGCCAGACACGGAACGCCUCAUAGUGGACUACUCAUGUGCGCUGCAGAAAGACAUCCUACUCCAGGGGAGACUCUAUCUGUCAGAGAACUGGCUCUGCUUCUAUAGCAAUAUCUUCCGCUGGGAAACCACUAUCACAAUCCUGCUGAAAGAUGUGACCACCCUGACCAAGGAGAAGACUGCCAAGGUCAUCCCCAACGCCAUUCAGAUCAGCACUGACCACGACAAGCACUUCUUCACGUCUUUUGGGGCGAGGGAUCGCAGCUACAUGAUGAUUUUCAGACUGUGGCAGAACGCACUGAUGGACAAGCCUUUGUCCCCAAAGGAGCUGUGGCACAUCGUUCAUCAGUGUUACGGCACUGAGCUGGGCCUCACCAGUGAAGACGAUGACUAUGUCUCCCCCACCGGCGAGCACAUUAACGGUCUACUGCCAGUGGAUGAGUCAGUCUCUGUCUCUGACCUGUUGGACCUCAGCUCCUUGGGGGCCAUAGCUUCUCUGGGUAGCUCGCCCCCCUCCUCCAUGGCAGCCUUGUUCCCCAGUGGCCCCCUCCUAGCCAGUGGUGGUCUGGGCUCAUCUCUCCCCUCCUCAUCCACCUGUCUGCCCAUAGACAUCCCCGGCAGAACCUCCCUGGACCCCCCGGACCCCAGCCCGCCCAGCUCCCAGAUCUCCCUGCCCUCCACCACACACUCCACACACACCGCCUCCUUGUCCGCCCCCGCCUCGGCUGCUGCCUCUUUCUAUUUGGAGGAGGGCGGGGACAGUUUGUUGGAGUCGGCCAAUCAUAUGGUGCCCCUGUCUGCCACCAGCCUGGGAAACCUCUCCUCAUUGGACCAGCUCACCAACGACGACGAGCUGCCCACCGACCCCAGCAACUCCUCAGACACACAGGAAGAGGACGAGGUGGAGUCGUUCUGUGCGGACCUGGCUGGCCGGCUGCACAUCAACAUGGUGGUGCGCAUGAGCGUGGACAAGUUGCACGACCUGCUCUUCUCCGCAGACACACACUUCAUCCAGCAUCUCUUCUCCCAGCGCCACUUCACAGACCUGUCAGUUCGUGAGUGGCAGCAGGACGGCAGCAGUGGGAACACCAACCGGAUCCUGAGUUACACCAUCGCCAUCAACAACCCCCUGGGCCCCAAGACCGCCCCCGUAGUGGAGACGCAGACGCUGUAUAAGAACAGUGCCCCGGGCGAGUGUUACGUGGUGGACUCGGAGGUGAUUACCUCAGGCAUCCCCUACCAGGACUACUUCUACACCGUGCACCGCUACUGCCUCACCUCCAUCAACAAGAACAAGAGCAGACUCCGGGUGUCGUCAGAUAUCUGCUACAAGAAGCAGCCGUGGAGCCUGGUGAAGGCGCUCAUCGAGAAGAACACCUGGAGCGGCAUCGAGGAGUACUACAGACACAUGGAGAGUGAGGUGUGUAAGCUGGAGACCCUGCUCCAGUCUGAGGUGUCAGUGGUGACCUCUGGGGAUGUGGUGGGGGCAGACUCUGCCAAGACACCCCCGGCCCUGCGGCGACGCAAACGCACCUGCUCCCGGCGUCCGGGGGACCGGGAGAGAGAGGGAGGGGCCACGGGAGGUGGAGAGCGUGGGGACCGAGGGAUGGGAGAGGAGCGGAGAGAGGCGGGUGGUCAGUACAAGCACGGAGAGCGGUGGCGUGGCGGAGGCAGCAGCAUCUCUACCAUACUGCUCAUAGUCAGCUUCAUUCUGGUGGUGUUGGUGGCCCUCAACAUGCUCUUGUUUUACAAGUUGUAUUCUCUGGAGAGAGCUGCACACACACUGGAGACGUGGCACUCCUUCUCUCUGUCUGACAGUCCUCUACCCCAGUCUGCAGGAGAGUGGGCCCAGGUGUUGCAGCUCCAGAGACAGUUCCACCAGGCCCAGCUGGGCAAAUGGCAACAGAUCCUCCAAUCCUCAGUCACUCUGCUAGACCAGAUGAAACAGUCGUUGGAAAAGCUCCACCGUGGCGUCGUCACUCCAGAAGUCCAGCAGGAUCCCCCCUCGAACCCCACUUCAGAGUCUCUCAAUGAGCACUGAUCCUCCAGCCAUCACCAGCCCUCAAGUGGGUAUGAAUAGACCACGGGGGAGGUAGCCAGAGGGGGAGGGUCCGGCUGGGCCAAUCAGGGAGAGUGACUUACUCUCACCUGACCCCGAAGCUCCACUCCUGCUUCUCUACUCAAAACAGACAGGAAGAGAUGUGGGGGGAGUGGGAAUUACCUGUAAGGGGACCUUCACUACCCAUAACUCCCCAUGCCUCAGUUUGAGCAACCUGCAAUGGGGUUGGGGGGUGAGAAACUUUUGGGGGGACUACACUAACCAUAAUUCCCCACACCUCAGUCCAAGUUCCACCUUCCAUAGUCACCACCACCUCUCACGUCCAGACAGUUAGACUGGGAAUGUCUUCAGGACUACAGCAAUAACAUAGUCAUUACAUUACCAUAUCUCCCACAGUCAGGGCUAAAGGCUGGCCAAUUUGUAUAGUACCAUCCGCUCCUCACAUGCAACCAACCAUGCUGCUCUCCCUGAACCAUCUCCCCUGCCUGAGAAGCCAAGAGACAUUUUCAAGACAGACCAUCGACUGCAUUUCAGCAUGUGCAGCACUGCUGAUGCAGGAUAGACUCGGGUCCAACGCAUUUCAAAUGGAUAGACUCGGGUCCAACGCAUUUCAAAUGGAUAGACUCGGGUCCAACGCAUUUCAAAUGGAUAGACUCGGGUCCAACGCAUUUCAAAUGGAUAGACUCGGGUCCAACGCAUUUCAAAUGGAUAGACUCGGGUCCAACGCAUUUCAAAUGGAUAGACUCGGGUCCAACGCAUUUCAAAUGGAUAGACUCGGGUCCAACGCAUUUCAAAUGGAUAGACUCGGGUCCAACGCAUUUCAAAUGGAUAGACUCGGGUCCAACGCAUUUCAAAUGGAUAGACUCGGGUCCAACGCAUUUCAAAUGGAUAGACUCGGGUCCAACGCAUUUCAAAUGGAUAGACUCGGGUCCAACGCAUUUCAAAUGGAUAGACGCGAGUCCAACGCAUUUCAAAUGGAUAGACGCGGUCCAACGCAUUUCAAAUGGAUAGACUCGGGUCCAACGCAUUUCAAAUGGAUAGACUCGGGUCCAACGCAUUUCAAAUGGAUAGACUCGGGUCCAACGCAUUUCAAAUGGAUAGACUCGGGUCCAACGCAUUUCAAAUGGAUAGACUCGGGUCCAACGCAUUUCAAAUGGAUAGACUCGGGUCCAACGCAUUUCAAAUGGAUAGACUCGGGUCCAACGCAUUUCAAAUGGAUAGACUCGGGUCCAACGCAUUUCAAAUGGAUAGACUCGGGUCCAACGCAUUUCAAAUGGAUAGACUCGGGUCCAACGCAUUUCAAAUGGAUAGACUCGGGUCCAACGCAUUUCAAAAUGGAUUGUCUUGACUUGGUCCGACUGCAUUUCUCAAAAUGGGCCAACCUGGAUUAACUUUGUGUUUCAAAAUGGAUGCAAAUUGGGAGCUUUCCCAGCCCUGAGAAACAUCUAUGGCUCUGUUCCCAGCUGAAGCCAGCCUAGGGGACUUAUGUGCCUGGGUGUGAGGGGUCUGCUCAGCUAAGUCCCCCUUGAGCCUCCGGAAAUGAGGGACACAUGAGGAGAGCGGGACGAGAGAGGGGAUAGAUACAUGAGACUUUCUGUAAUCCAACCAUUUUAGUCGUUCUUCCUUUCUCUCUUUCUCUCCAUCCAUCUUGGAUCAGCAGCUUCCAUCUUAAAGGCUUGAUCUCUGACAAAGGCAGUCCGUCCUCUGGGAGAGUCAUUUCAAAACCAGACGUGAAUAAUACAAAAAGACUCCUAAACCCUCUACGAGCUCAUGUUUAUCAUUAGCUGUCUUUUUGAGGGUGACUGGGUCGUUUUGGGAAUUGAGAGAGAGAGCGAAGGAUGAUUGUGUGCGCCAGACCAUUACAGUAUUUAUUUUACACGACUUUGAUUUCGAAAAGUCCUGUCCCGCUCUCAAUGCGAGUGAUUUUUUUCCCCCUUCUAUAGGCUCUGUGUUAAUACUUCAGCACGGACCAAGAAAGAGCUAUAAAGUGAAUAUUUUAUAUUUCCUGGUCAUAGCAAUAAUGAUAUUUGGUGAUUUAUACUACCUUUUUGAAUGUGUAAAAAGUAGUAUGUCACUAAAGUGUGUUUAGGGCAAAAUGAGACGAGCAAGCAAAGAUCUGGAGUUGGAGAAGAAGACGGAGAAAUCUAUGUAUUAGAAAGAAGUGUCCUCAUCGUCACAUCGUCACUGUUACAUUUGGUAUUAUUAAGAUUAGUAUGAUUAUGACUUGUUUGUUUGUUUUUCCGCACUUGGUCAACUUCUAAUUGUAUUAUUGGAUCGGACUUGAAGUGUUUCAGGGUUACCGGCUACUUUGUAGACCAGCCUGCGUACCAAAUAGCACCCGAUUCCCUUUAUAGUGUGGUGCACUACAUAGGAAAGGAUGUGCCGUUUUGGGACGCAGACGCCGUAGACCAGGUAAACAGAGAGAUGCAAUAAACUAGUGACUUUCUAGUGUAAACUGGACUGGAUUUAAAAAAGGACCAACCAGAAGUCUAGGCCCGGAAAAAGAUUAAAGGGAAUCGAUUGCAGUAGUGUGUUUGUGAGUUCAAAUUGAUAUGUUAUUACUUUUCAUUUUAUAUCUUCAUUUUGUAGUCUAUCCUGUUUUCUUGUUUUUGUUUGUCGUAAGGUCAUCUCAUUUUAUUUUCUGCCCCCCCCCUCCCCCCAUCUGAUUCCCCCCUCACUGUCUAUCAUAAACCAUUUCUCUUUUCCUCAUUGUUUUCCUUUUCAUCCCCCUUCCUAUUGUCUUUCACUCUUUCUCUCCCUCUUUCCUCGUUGUGCUCCCUGCCCCCCUCUCUCCUUCAGUCUCUCGCCUGUGCAAGUGUGUGAGCCUUGCUGUGCACGGCCAAACAGUGAGUGAUCAAAGGAUGUACUAUAUUUAUUAGGGUCAGGGGGGUCGCGGGGAGCAAAUGUACUGUAAAAGAUUUGAUUGUACACAAUGCCCUGGAGAGAAAUGAAAAGCUCUAAAAUAUGCAACAACUCAUCGGAGUCUGUGUGUGUGUCAUUUUAAGCAUUUUCAUAAAAAGUUGAACUAAAAAGUAUUUCAAGACA